AUGUGGUUCACUGGAUACUGCUGUGGCGUGAACGGUGCGCGCACGGCCGCGACAGGACACGGCGACGACGGCCAGGAUCGCGCCGGUAUGGGUUGCACGCCGAGCAUCCUCUCGAACGGUAGCAACAAUCAGCAGCAGCAGUCCCGCAAGGAUAGUGGCCUGUACGUCGGCAAUGUGGCGGCGGCUGCGGCGGCAACGAGUGGCAACGGGAGCAGCGAGUCCAAUGCGGCCAACAACAACAAACUAGGCAGCCACGGCGCCGUCAACGCGACGAUGGUCAAUGCUUCCUACCCGGGAGCCGGCUCCAAGGAUGGUGGUACGGAAAAGGAAAGUGCGAAAAAAGAUUCCAUCGUUUCAAUAUCCGCCACCGGUCACAUUACAAGCUUUCCCGUCGUAUCCACCACCGUGAGAAGACCGACCGCUGGAAGUAAGUUGCGAAAUCUAUUCUCGUUGUGCCGUAAGUUUCACCAAUACUCGUCAGCCAGGUUAUGCUGUGGCACUUCGAGCAGCUCGGGUCGCUACGGUCAUCGGAAAUCGUCGCUAGCGCUAACACCGGAGGAGGAACCCUUGGACUCGUGUCCGAGAUUAGUAUCGGAUCUGAAGUUUCCCAAUCUGCUACCGCCGAAUCCUGUGAUUAAGAUUCUGAUUGCCUUCUGCAAGAAUGAUCCCGUGUUCGAAGCCCUCGGUAAUGCGAGCCAUCGGCUCAGCCUCGAGCCCACGUUCGUGAAGUCCGCCGAGGCCGCCAUCGAAGCGUUCCAGAGUCCCAACACCGGCGGCCAUCACAUCGUUAUCGUGGACGCGCGGUAUCCGAAAACGAUCGAGGCGGAGGCGCUGGGAAGGUCAAUUCGAAAUUCAAAAGGCAGCCAACACACCACGAUGGUUGCGGUUGUGAAAAAGAGUGUGUUUGAAAAGGAUGACACGGCUGUGAUUUCCCUGCUGGAUGUCGGCUACAAUAGGUGCAUUAUUGAGUCUCCCCAUGUAUCGAUUUGUUCGUCGGAGCUGCGGCAAAUCCAGCACUCGCUCGUCCGGCCACAGAAUGUGAUAUCGACUCAACAGGCACUGUACACGGCACUGCAUCGAUCGAGAGAAGCGGUCAUCAUCACCGACGACACGCUCCGGGCGCAGUACGCAAACCGAGCUAGCGAGCGUGUGCUGAACAUGAAGAUGGAUGAAAUCGUUGGCAGAUCUCUGAGCGACUUGGUAACGGCCGAUAUUAGUAAUAUUUUAUCUCAUACCAGUAGAUAUAAGGACUACGACGGUUACCUUACCACGCGGAGAAAGUCCCAAGAAUCAUCACAAAUACACGUUCGCGCCGUACCUGUCUCGUGCAUCGGAAGGAAUCCCACACACUUAGUUUUAAUCCUAGAAUCAUCAUCCAGCGCACUGGUGUCGUCGAACGCGAUCGGUGAAGCGCUGCAGACGCUACCACAGGGCAAGGAGGUACCGCGCGGCUCGCUGCACUCAAUCCGGCGGGGCAGCUUCGACGUCCGGUCGAUUGCGUCGGACGGGCUGCGGCGGACAAGCCUGGCGAAGCUGUCCUCGCUGCCGCUCGAGGCGCCGAUCACCAAAGUGCUGAGCCUGCUGGCACAGGUUCAGGAGAACUGCUCGCUCGAGGAGGCCAAACUGCUGGACCGCGUGAUGGAGUUCCUCAAGCGGGAAGGACUCUACAGCCCGCAGAUGAAGGAGAUCCGCACCGAGGACCCGGUUGCCACUGAUCUGAUUGGUGCCCUGCUUACGCAAGGACCCACGAACAUCCUCUCGUCCCGGCGCAGCUCGAACGAUUCCAUCAUACGCGGCGGAGGCCGCCCAUCUACAGGGAGCAUCGUUUUCACGAAAACCAAAGAAUCUUCACUACUGUCCGACCUGCUGCAGACGGCCCUGGAUUGGGACUUUGAAAUAUUUAAGCUAGAGGAUCUUACCGAGAAACGUCCAUUAGUGUGUUUAGGAUUAGAACUGUUCCGGCGGUUUGACGUGUACAAUACGUUCAACUGCGACGAGAUGACCUUCAAGCUGUGGCUCAUCGAAAUGGAGAAGUACUACCACAGCGAGAACACGUAUCACAACAGCACCCAUGCCGCUGACGUGAUGCAGGCUACGGCAGUUUACUUGCAGCAGCUGAGCAACCGGGAGUUGAAGAUAAUGGACCGAAUGGACGAGGCGACCGCCCUUAUCGCUGCCGCAACCCAUGACAUAGACCAUCCGGGCCGCUCAUCCGCCUUCCUGUGCAACUCGGACAACAUGUUGGCCCUGCUGUACAACGACAUCUGCGUGCUGGAGUCGCACCACGCCGCCACCACGUUCCGGCUCACGCUCGGUGACGACAAGAUCAACAUCUUCAAACACCUCGACCGGGACAUGUACAAGUUGGCGCGGUCGAUCAUCGUCGACAUGAUCCUGGCAACGGAGAUGACCCGACACUUCGAGCAUCUGGCCAAGUUCGUGAGCGUGUUCGGCACGGACGUCGAGUCGAAGGACCCACUGCCGCCGGACAGCGACGACAACCAGAUACUGGUGCGGCGCAUGCUGAUCAAGUGCGCGGACGUCAGCAACCCGACACGGCCGCUCAAGUUCUGCGUCGAGUGGGCCCGGCGCAUCGCGGAGGAGUACUUCAUGCAGACGGACGAGGAGAAGCGCAAAAAUCUGCCCAUCGUGAUGCCCAUGUUCGACCGCACGACCUGCAGCAUCUCCAAGAGCCAGAUCGGUUUCAUCGAGUACAUCAUCCACGACAUGAUGGACGCGUGGAACAGUUUCAUCGAAAUGCCCGAAAUCAUACGCUACAUGGAGUUCAACUACUCGCAGUGGAAGCUGUUCGAGGAGCAGGGCAUCAACACGCUCAGCGACAUCAAGCGAAAGCAGAUAUCACUGACGGAAGAAACGGCCAGUUCUAUCUCCCUGGAGGAGAAGUUCUAAGCGGCAUGUUCAUCCGUCCAUUACACACCCACACACACACACACACACACCACACAUAUGUCAAGGACGCUCGAUAGCCCACCGCUUGCAUUGACACGACGACAUGUUGGUUCGCAUCGGCCAGUUCUCAAGGGUGUGCGUGCGAACCACCAAGUCACAACCGACAGCCGGAAGUGGUCCGAACACCACCGGACUGGCAGAACAAACUAAAUAUGUGCACGAAUCGAAUCGAAUCGAAUCGUGCGUACAAUGGCGGUUCUUCCUUCCAUGAUUGUAGCAGUAUUGUUCUUAUUUUGUUCGUCAUACCAUCAUCGUUUUACAACACAAACCCCCCAGUGCACGACAGUAGUCUUAAUCGUACGCUCAUAAGCAGCUUAGAAAGCAGUCUCAAAGCUAGGAGAGAGAGAGUUAGAAAUAAUAAAUUAAGGAUGGUUAGGAUUGCACACGAUUGCAUUGGUCCGCAAAUCUAUGCACGGCCUUGCCAUACACAAAUGCACUCGUUUUUUUUUCAAAAACUUUAUUCUACUUCCCUGUCCUGUAACACCUUAUUUUACCCACUUUCCGUUCCAGUUGUUCCGCCAACUCUGCGUCACCCGUUAGUGUGUAAGGACACGUACACCCGUUAUCAAAAUCAACGUGCUGAAAAGUGGCAUCAACUAUUGUUUAGCGUCAAUUGAUGUUUGUCCGUUGCAACCAAAUUUCAAACACGCUUCACUUCGAUAAACCUGUAAAUGAACCGAAUCCGAAGCAAAAUAACAUAACGGUAAUAAUUUGAAAUAGAUCAAAUGAAAUGAAAACAUGUAACAAAAUGGACUUGUUUAUCGAACAGAUGAACAUUUUUGUGAAUGUUUUACAAAGUAUUGCCGCUCUGUUACAAUUCCCCAAAGGUGGACCCAGUGGAUUACAAACAAAUGUUUCUGUGCUACUCCCACACGAGAACUUGUAAUGAAAUAGAUACAAAUAUUUAACCCCUUUUGGUGCCACCAAACAAAUGCGCAAAAAAUUGACUGACUGAAUCAUUGCUUUCGAAGUGAUAAAUGUUUAUGUGCAAGAGACCAUAUACGUACCAUAACCAGUUGCGAACAAAAAGAUGGUCACGAAAUUAAAAAAAGAAACAAGCAUAUUAAAACAUGCGCAUCCGAAUCAACCGGAGAAGUGUGUCCUAUUUUCCUCGUGGAGGGUUGGUAAAACAUUUGCUCAUAUACUAAAAAAAUUAAAACGUAACCUGCAUGUGUUAACGCGCACCGAGGCGUUAUGAAUUAGAGCUCAAAUGGCGUAUAACCCCCGGUUGAAUCGCAUAUCAGUGUACAUGUGUUUAGGUGCAACACGCAGUAGAUGUUCUGUUUAGCGGUGUUAGCAA